AUGUCCGAUACCAGCGAAUUCACAGUGGCAGGUGAUUUCUGCUCCUCUCCAUCGUCCGUCUCGGUACUGGAUUCCGGCAGCAACCAGAUUACCAUCCAGAACAACGACGAGAACAGCGACAGGAUCCUUCUAAGCGCUAGUAAGAAGAUCAAAGAAAUGCUUCAUCUGAUUCGGAGCCUCAUCCUGGAACUGUACAAUGAAAGUCUCCGCCUUAGCAAAACGAGCAUCCACCCAAGCGACGAACCCCCUCGCAAUAUCGGCUCAGAUGAUAUAGACGCUACUGACAAGAAACUCAAAGAGCGUUCAUACGACAUGGUUGUCUACCUGAUCCGGGUCCUAAAGUCGUUUGGUGACGUGGUCACCAUACUCCCCGAAGACGGCCAUGCAGAGACGGCCGAGCUUUUGGUUAGCAUUAUGGUUGAGCUGAGCGCCGCGUUGGUGGAAAAUAGUGAGAGUCAGGAGAGCUACGAUGGGCCCGAGUCAGAUGACCGCACACACAUCCAGCACAAGGGUCUGCCCUGGAAAAACACCGGGACCUGUUGA